GUUUGCAUCUGUGCCUUUCACUUGCAAGCAGUUGUGGGUUUCUGAUUUACAGUCAAACAGAAGCAGAGUAAUAACCGCCAUGUGCACACAGGGCAGCUGCAGGAACACGAAGAAGAACAGGAGAGGGGAAGAACCACUCAUCUGUACACAGAUUUGAGGGGAAACGGAUGACUGCUCUGAGGAGACUAACAUUUCUACUGUAGAAGAGACCUGAAAAGACUGAAAGCAUCACUUAAAUGAGGAUAACAGGACGGCUGGACAACUUUCAAAGAAGGACAUUGCGCGUAAAGGACUUUUGAAGCCAAUAAAAAAGGUAUUUUGUGACGAUCCUGCAAACUCAAGAUUUUAUGACAAGACGAACAUACUGAGAAUUCUUUAAGAUUUUCUUGUCUGUUGGACAAGACUGGAGUAACAAGUUGAGAAGAGGAUUUACCUGCUUUAUUGUAAAUGUUCCAAACUACCAGCCUCUAAAGAUGAAUAACAGCAUGUGCGACAAAAGUGAUGACUUCAAGUACCCUCUCUAUAGUUGGGUUUUUAGUCUUGUGUUUGUGGUCGGACUUCUCUUCAACACGGCGGCUGCGUAUAUUUUUGGUUGUACAGUGAAGCUGCGGAACGAGACCACAACGUACAUGAUAAAUCUCAUUGUCUCAGACUUGCUCUUUGUCUUCAGCCUGCCUUUUCGGAUAGUGUACUUUGUUAAACGUGACUGGAUAUUUACAAGUGUGCUCUGCAAGAUUUCUGUGGCCUUGUUCUACACCAACAUGUAUGGCAGCAUUCUGUUCCUCACCUGCAUCAGUGUUGACCGUUUUCUGGCCAUCGUGUACCCUUUCCGGUCUCAGACAAUUCGUACUAGAAGAAAUGCCAAACUGGCCUGCCUCACAGUGUGGGUGAUGGUUCUCUCUGGAAGUAUACCAACAGGAUUCCUUCUGGACACCACUUCACCCAACAAUACAAACUCCUCACAAAAUUUCUGCUUUGAGAACUAUUCAAAAAAACAGUGGAAGUCUGAGCUGUUCAACGUGGUGGUGUUCAUCGAGACUGUGGGCUUCAUCCUCCCAUUGAUGAUCAAUGUUUUCUGCUCAGUCAUGGUGUUACGGACCCUGAGGAGACCCCAAACCCUCAGUCGUGGAGGGAACCACAACAAGACUAAAGUCUUAAGGAUGAUCAUUGUGCAUCUGCUCAUCUUUUGCUUUUGUUUCAUUCCCUACAACGUCAAUCUCAUUUUCUAUGCCCUAGUCCGCUCCAAUAUCUUAACGGGAUGCUAUGCAGAACUUGUGGUCAGAACCAUCUACCCCAUUGCUCUCUGCAUAGCAACGAGCAAUUGCUGCUUUGAUCCAGUCGUUUACUACUUUACUUCAGAGACUAUUCAAACUUCCAUCAAAAGAAAAACAACAGCAUGGCAAAAUGGAAUGAAAAUAUUUGACAGAUUACAAAUGGACAGCACACAAAGCAGCUCAAAUACAAUUCCUAAGAACCUCACACUGAGAACCAACACAUUUGCAAAUGAGUCCACAGUCUGAUGAAAGUUCUAAUGUGUGGCAUGAUUAAUAAUUCAGUAUGCAUGAGAGGAUAACCAGUGACUUUGAAACAAACAAUGUGGUUACUAAGUAGUCACGCCCAUCCGGAAGCCACAGAGACCUUUGACUGGGGCUAAAGACACUGAUCCCAAUUCAGCCGAUAAAAGAGUUGGAAAAUAACUGCGUUGCAACAUAAAAACCUUUAUCAGGGCAACAGUUCAAAACUCAAGUUAUAAAACCAUUCAUUUAAUAAAGGUGUGUUUCUGUAAAGUAGCAAUGAAAUGACAAGUGGUGCCAUAAGUGUUUUGACACAAACAGUAUUUGUGGUCUUAAUCCUCAAAGCUGCCACUCCUUUAGCAACUGUGAACCAGUGUUAUAGCUCUAUUAAUGUGCAUUUUAUAAAUAUUUAUGUAACAUGUGAACCCUUUAAGAGUUUAAUGCACUUUAUAGAGUGAUUUGCUCUAUACAUUCUUUUUUUCCUGAAUGCUGACAGUGAAUUAAAAAGUUACAAGCUUUUUUUUUAAAGGUUUGUGUAUUUAAUUUGAUUGUUAACUUUGAUUGUUUGAGAGAUUGCUAUGAAAUGUUUGGCAAAAAAAAAAAACAAACAACCUGUAUCAGUUGUUCCUCUGACAUUGGGUGCAACCAAGUCAUUUAUCUAGACAAUCAGUCAUACACCUACUAACAACACAGAUAAACGUGCUAUGGCUGGGCUGUAAAAAAACCCCACAACUUAGUCAGUUCUGAAGUGUACAUUUAGGUGUGGUCAACACUGCACCAGCACACUGCUAAAAACCUCUGCAUUGUUUAUUUCUGUGGAGGAUGUAUCUAAAUGCCUUUCAACAUGUGUAAAAAAAACAGCCGACAGUUCACAUGUAAUACAGUGGAACCUGUAUGCAUGUAUUUGUUUCUUCACAUAAAAGCUGUGUGCUGCAAGACAUAACAUUACUGCAUUCCUU